GCGCGCGAACCGUGACGCGGGCGCCGCCAAGGGCGCAGGGUGGAGGGGUUCCGGGAGCUUUCCCCGCGGGCUCUAGAAAACGUACCGCGCUCGGCCUUUGGCGGGCAGCCACAGACUGCUAGCCCAGAGGAGUGUUCGAGGGGUUCCCUGAUAAUUCUGCUACUGAAAGUAGUCAAAGCAGUGACUCGCUUCUUUCAGCAACCCCGAGCUGAGCUCCCGCAGGUGCCAGACCCUGAGCUGGGCACAGUGGGGGGGUCUCUCAAGGUCUGAAGUAGCAUGGAUCUGCCCGUGGAUGAGUGGAAAUCAUACGUACUUCAGAAGUGGUCUUUGCUCCCCAAGUCCAUUCAGGUCACCAUUUCUACAGCAGAGACUUUGAAUGAUCUCUUUCUUCACUCAUCUGCACUUCUUCAACCUGAGGAUGAGGUGUUUUUAAAAAGGCUUUCUGGAGGCUACGUUGUUGGAAAGGACCCCGACGCUUCCCUUUUCUACAGAGAAAAAGGAAACAAAAAAUUUCAGGCGAAGGAUUAUAUGGGAGCCGCAGUGCUGUACUCUAAGGGAGUAUCACAUUCGGGACCCAACUCUACGGACAUUGCACUGUGCUAUGCCAAUCGCUCCGCAGCCCUCUUCCACCUGGGUCAGUAUGAAACAUGCCUUAAAGACAUCGUCAGAGCACAGACGCAUGGGUAUCCAGAAAGAUUGCAACCCAAGCUGCUGUUGCGUAAGGCAGAGUGUCUGGUGACCCUGGGGAGACCACAGGAGGCAAGCCAGACCAUCAUUGAUCUUGAAAGUAGCUUUGCUGCCAAGCCAACCCUCUCAGCUUCCCAGUUUCAGAUUCUGCAGAGAACUCUCUGUCGUGUGAAAGUGAAGGUACAAGAAAAGGAGAAUCUCCCAGAGAUCUUCCCAGAGGCUCUAACCAAAACCUUUGAGGGUGUGGACCUAAGGGAAGAGAAUGAACAAAUUCCCGGCGCCUCGUCCUCUGUCGCCUUACAUAUAGACCCUUUAAAAGGCCGCUUUCUGGUUGCCACAAAAGAUAUCCUCCCAGGAGAGCUUUUGGUGAAAGAGGAUGCUUUUGUGAGUGUCCUUAACCCAGGAGAAGUGCCACUGAGGCCUCAUAGCCUGGAGAGCAAGUGGGACAUCCAAGUUACCAGUGGGGACCUUCACUGUCACCGAUGUCUGAGGCACACUCUGGCCCCGGUUCCCUGUGAAGGAUGCAGCUAUGCCAAGUAUUGCAGCCAGGAGUGUAUGCAGCAGGCCUGGGAUCGCUACCAUAGUGUGGAGUGUUCUGUGGGGGCUCUGCUUCUCACACUGGGUGUGUUUUGUCAUGUUGCCCUGAGGUCGACUCUCUUAGCUAGGUUUGAGGAUGUUGGCAAAGUCAUAAAGAAGCUCUGUGGUGAGAUGAGUAACCAGGGCAUAUGCUUACCCGAAAGCAAGAAUCCGGCACAGAUACUCAAAUAUGACCAGGGAGGAGAGGGGGAAAAAACGGACAAAGCAGUUGAGACCCCAAUUCCUGGAUGUGAUACUAAUGGGAAAUAUGAAAGGAAUUAUAAUGCCAUCUUCCACCUUUUACCCCAUACUGAAAACCAUAGCCCUGAGUACAAAUUCCUCUGUGCUGUAAGUGUUUCUGCACUGUGCAGGCAGCUCGAAGCAGCUGGUUUACAGGCCUUCACAACAGAUCUGAAACCAACUAAGCUGAAAACUGCAGAGACUCCUGUGUUAUGUGCAGAGCUGAAUGUUUGGGGAGUGGCCAUGCUGAGACACAUGUUACAGCUGCAGUGUAAUGCUCAGGCAAUAACGACCAUCCAGCAAACAGGAUCUAAAGAGAGCCUCAUUGCCGACACCCGGCGGGUGCGCCUUGCCACGGCCCUUUUCCCUGUCGUCAGCCUCCUGAACCAUUCGUGCAGCCCCAACACUAGCGUGUCCUUCAUCGGCACCAUCGCCACCGUUCGGGCAUCACAGCUGAUUCGAAGUGGGCAAGAGAUCUUGCACUGCUAUGGACCGCACGAGAGCAGGAUGGGCGUUGCUGAGAGGCGCCAGAAGCUGAGGUCUCAGUAUUUCUUUGACUGCGACUGUCCGCCUUGUGAACGUGAGAAGCAGAGACCCUCAGUGGGGCCUGGUCGGGAAGCCUUCCGUUGUCACCGUUGCAGAGCGCUCCUGCAGGGAGAUGAUGUUCUGAGCUGCAGUGGCCCAGCUUGUACGGAAUCAGUUGGCAGAGACCUCUUGGUCUCCCGGCUACAGGACCUUCAGCAACAGGUGGGGGCGGCCCAGAAGCAUCUCAGAAACGGCAGACUAGAGCUAGCCAUUCAGCUGUUGCUGGGGUGUCAGAGUGAUGCCGAGAGCUUCCUGUCUGCGGAACACAGCGUGGUGGGAGAAAUCGAGGACGCCUUGGCCCAGGCCUAUGCUGCCUUAGGGGACUGGGAGAAGUCAGCGACCCACCUGCAGAAGAGUCUCCAAGUGGUGGAGGUCCACCACGGGCCAUCCAGUGUGGAGAUGGGCCAUGAGCUCUUCAAACUGGCCCAAGUCUUCUUCAGUGGGUGUGCAAUACCCGAAGCUCUGAACACAAUACAGAAGGCAGAGAAGAUCCUGUUGGUACAUUAUGGCCCUUGGAAUGACGAGAUCCGGGAGCUAGAAAAGAUGAAAUCCUGUUUAUUAGACUUGCUGCCCAUCCCUGUGGGACCUAAGGAAUAUAGUGGGAUGAGUUAAAGAGGGUCUGUUGCUGCUGAGCUGUCACCUAAAAAUACAGAACCUGCCUGACAGUCACAAGCCUGGUGUAUGAGAUGGGGGAGGACUUGGAAAGCAUCACAGUUAGAGACAGGCUCACCUAUUUUGAUGGAUGUUUUUUGAAGUAGUUAACUACUCUCCAGCACAAACUCUCAUUUCCCAGAAAAGACUUCAAACUGGUAUCUGGAGAGCCUAAGCCCUUUAAAAGGAUUUUAGCUGAUCUGCAGGCAUCUGGAUGUCAGCCUAGGGUUUUGGCUAGACGCCACCUCUCUAAAUGAUGAUGUCUGCUUCGCUGGAACGUUCCUAUGGUUUCUAGCAGUAAUGAAGUGUUGUGUACCACUCCAGUGGGAACUUAAACUCUUAAUAGUUGUAUUGUAAUUGAAAAAUAGUUAUAAAGCUAGAAGUCCGUGAGGCUCCUUACCUCUAGAGAGAGAGUUUCAUUUACGUUAUCUAUCUUCCUCAAAUCCUUUGUUUAAACCGGUAGCAUAAAUAAAUAGAGAAAUAAAUAUGAGGCCAUUCUACUGUUGGGCUUGGAUGGCAACUCUCUGUGUGUUUUCUGCUAGUUUUCCAGUCCCCGUUCUCUGGAUUUCACUCUGU